CUUAGCGGCUUAGACGGCAGUUAGUGGAGGUAGACUGAACAUCGGCUUCAAGGUGGAGUGCAUUGUGUUCAGCGGGAUUCAGCUAUGAUCAAUCCAUCCCUCCAGCUGUUCGGUUACUCCUGCUGAUGGCAUGUACCUGAACGCAACAUCCACUCGGCAACAGGCCCUUUGAGCCAGAGUAUUGGAUUCACCUUGGUGACAGCUUCUCUGGAUUUCCCAUCACCAUGCAGGAUCUCGUGGGAUUUUUCUUCUUUUUCGCCCUCCUUACAACAGUUGCUUCUUUAGAGUGUGAGAUUUGUUCGAGCGAUGGCACCGACUGUACAGGACCUAAGAAGACCUGCCCUCUGGAGAAAAAUGCCUGCAUGAUCGCAUACACUGAAAAUACUGUAGAUGGAAAAAAGGAACAUACUAUAGACAAAGACUGUGUAACUGCUAACAUCUGUACCAGUUCCGCCAUUGAAUUGUACUUUGGACCUGGAAGAUUCAUGAGGACAGUUGUGUACUGUUGCAUCGAAAAUUUGUGCAAAAAAAUUGAAUCCAAAUUUCCACCGAUUGAAACCAGAAUGAACGGAAAGCAGUGCCCUGCCUGCCACGUGUGGUCGGACACGUGCAAAGAAGAGAUGGUGAACUGCACAGGACACAACGUGUACUGCUUUGACGUGUCUUCGCAUUCACAUGCCCAAACAAGCAGUGUGGACAGAACCAUGAAAGGCUGUACUACUAAGUCUGUCUGUUCCUCAAUAAUAAAUGGCCGCAGUCCCAUUUUGGGAAAUUCUGAUCUGAUUAGGAGGGCGACAUGCAUUCCAGAGGUUUCUCGGGGAUCUCGAUGCUUUGGCUUUCUCCUACCAACCUUCUCUGGGCUCCUCCUGCUCUGGAAGAUCCUCGUGUAAAGGGACCUGCAUGGGGUUGUAUCAGCUCUGCCUUCAAUCAAGCCUUCCACCUAUCUAUAGGCGACUUUUUCAUACUUCAAUUGGGCCUUCCAGAUGGAUUUUCUCUGAUUCACUGAGUGAAAAUAAACCUCAGGUUGAAAUCAA